AUGAAUCUACAGAAGCUUAUUUCAACAAGAGAAGGUCAUCGCAGAAUUGUUCAGAGAAAAUUAGCCGCAAUUGAUCAAAAUGAGGAAAUGUCGUCGCUAGAAAUUUCCUCACUCAAAGAUUAUCUGACAGAAAAAGCUACGAUAAUUAAAGGACUGAAUAAAAAAAUCAUAAAUCAGUGUGACGAUAUUGAAACAGAAAUCGUGGAAAGUGAAGAAUAUUCAUACGAUUUGGAUCUGAGGAUUCAGAAGAUAAGCGAGACUUACCGGAAGCAUACUCAAGAUUUUACAAACAAUAGUUCCGUUGAUCAAGAAGAUAACCCUAUGGUACCUAGACAUACGAGUUCGAGUACAUUUGCGCAACAUAAACUCCCAAAACUUACCAUACCUAAUUUUGACGGAGAUCUUACCAACUGGCAGACUUUCUGGGACUCUUAUGAGUCAUCUAUUCAUCUGAAUUCUACGUUAUCGGAAGUUCAGAAGUUCAACUACUUGCGAUCUCUGGUUCAAGGUAUAGCAGCACGGUGUAUAGACGGGUUUCCUUUGACGAAUGCGAUCUAUUCAAAGGCAGUAAGUCUACUAAGGGAGCGCUUCGGACAACCACAGAAGAUAAUUCAUAGAUACAUGCAGUCCUUGCUUGAACUUCCAAGACCUAGCAACAAUGUAAUAAGUUUACAAUGUUUUUAUGAUAAAAUGGAAACUUUUAUCAGAGGUUUAGAAUCACUUUGGCAGUCACAGGAAUCUUACGGUAGCUUAUUAAUACCAAUAAUUUUAGAUAAGUUACCAGGCAUAAUGAAGCAAAAUAUGGCACGUGAACAUCGCAGUGUAAACUGGGAAUUACAAGAGUUAAGGUCAGCUAUCUAUAAAGAAAUUUCUUUCAUGGAAGCAGGUAUUUCUACUACUGAUAUUAACAACCGUGAACCUGAUGUUCAUAUUCCCACAGCGUCAUUCUUUACUGGAACCAGACAAAGUACAAAUGAACGUAAAAAUGAACGUAAGAAAGACGUCAAUUUUCGGAAAACUUUCAAGAAAGUUUGUCCUUUUUGUAAUCAUGAACAUUCCCCAAACGAGUGCAGAAAGGUUACAUCAUAUGAAUCACGUAUAGAUAUUGUAAAAAGAGAACAUUUGUGUUUUAACUGUUUAUGGAACCAUCAAGUAUCGGCAUGUCGUUCCACAAAUAGAUGUCGUCACUGUCAGCGCAAACAUCAUUCGAGUAUCUGUGACAAAUCUGCUAAGGAAUCAAACUCAAAGCUGAAUCCCAAUGCCGCAAGUUUCACCAUACCAGCUACUUCCGGUGUUUCAAAUCAACCCGAGGCUGCAAUUCUACACUCUACCACUCAUCUAAGACAUGACGUUCUUCUGAAGACAGCCGUUGCACAGAUAUGUUAUAACAGCGUUUCAUUGGAAACAAAUAUUCUUUUUGAUGAGGGAGCUCAGCGUUCUUUUGUCACUGAAGAAUUAGCGGAGAAACUACAAAUUGUGCAGACCGGAAGUGAAGUCGUUCAUUUAGCAUCGUUUGGUGAUACUAGGCAAAGAGUACGACACAUGAGAAAAUGUUCUAUACAUCUUAUUACAGACGACAAUGAGAAAAUAUGCAUUGAUGUUUUGAUUGUUCCAAAGAUAGCCCUACCGCUGCGAAAUUUUAAUCAGAAUAUAUCAGCCCUUCCAUACUUGCAUGGUUUAAAGCUAGCUCAUCCAGUAACAAAUGACAUAGAUUUUGAGAUAUCGUUACUGAUUGGAGCAGAUUCAUAUUGGAAAAUUGUUCAAGAUGAGGUAGUCCGAGGGAAUGGUCCAAUAGCGGUGCAGUCGAGACUUGGAUAUCUUUUAUCCGGUCCACUUCCGGUUUCCAACUUUCCAGCGUCAAGACAACAUCAACUUCCGGUUUCUACACUUACAGCGUCCACAUCCCAACAGCCUCCAGUUCCCGCACAAGAAACGUCCACCCAUUUAUUGAACAUUCUAACGUCCUCCCCAGAUUCCUUUGAUAUUGAGAGAUUUUGGAAGCUCGAGUCUCUUGGUAUAUCUCAAGAAGAAGAGAACCCUGAGGCUACAUACCUAGAAAACUACCAACGUGAUUCAAUCACCAACAAUAACGGACGUUACACAGCCAAACUGCCUUGGAAAGAAGAUCACGCUAUCUUACCAACGAAUUAUGACAUCACCAAGAAACGCACUGAAAACGCAAUCAGACGUUUGCGUCAAGACCCUAGUAUUCUACAGACGUAUGGAGAAAUAAUCAAUGAUCAAGAAAAGAGAGGUUUUAUUGAGAAGGUCGACGAAUGUAUCACACCACAACACAAGAUACAUUACAUUCCCCACCACGGCGUCAAGAAAGACUCAGUCACAACACCGAUGCGCAUCGUAUAUGACUGUAGUUGUCAUCAGUCACGUGACCAACCAAGCUUAAAUGACUGUUUGAAGUCUACGCCACCAGAGCUUAACGAUCUUACUCAAAUUCUUAUCCGUUUUCGGUUACACAGAUAUGCUGUUACUACCGACAUAGAGAAGGCUUUUCUACAAAUACAGCUUGCAGAAGAAGACAAAGAUGUAACAAGAUUUCUUUGGUUAAGUGACCCCAAAAAUCCCGACAGUACUUUGAUCACCUACAGGUUAAAAGUAGUUCUGUUUGGUGCAACAUGUUCCCCGUUCAUUCUUAAUGCAACGAUUUUAAAACAUCUAGCAAGUAACAGUGAUGUAUGGGUCAGUAGUAUUUUAAGAAGAGAUUUGUACGUGGACAACGUUUUGUCAAGCUUUGAAGAUGAAAACCAGGCACUUGCUUACUUCCAUGAUUCACGAAAGCUUAUGUCGUCUGCAAACUUUAACUUACGCUCUUGGAAUUCAAAUAGCCAGAAACUACGAAAUUUAGCCUUAAACUACGACGUACAAGAUAGAGAUAAAAUCACAAAGAUACCUGGAAUGCGAUGGAAUACAGAUACAGAUAUGUUGACUUUCCAACAAACCUAUAUACCAGUCACAGAUACUACAACGAAACGAGAAAUCUUGCGACAGACGUCAAAAAUGUUCGAUCCUCUUGGUCUACUUAGUCCGGUUACGGUACGUGCUAAGAUUAUAUUUCAACAAAUUUGGGAAGAAAAGUUUGAUUGGGAUACUCCACUUCCAGCAAAUAUACAAAAGAGGUGGAAAAAUCUUGCUGCAGAUUUGACUACACUAUCCACCACUCAAUACAGACGUUGCUAUUUUCCCGGAGCAGACGAGAAAAUUAGACAAGCAGACGACCAUUCACACACUACCUUACACGUGUUUGUAGAUGCUAGCCAGUCAUCAUAUGGAGCUGCAGCUUACCUUUCCAAUGGUCAAAAUUCAUCACUUAUUAUGGCAAAGAAUCGUGUGGCACCUCUUAAAAAACUUACUUUACCUCGACUUGAAUUAAUGGCAGCUGUAAUAGGUGCUCGACUUUUAAGCCACAUAAAGAAGACAUUAAAACACACUAAUUUCUAUCUUUGGUCAGACAGUCAGAUUGUUUUACAUUGGUUAGAAACAGUUUAA